AUGGCUCUCUAUCGCUCAUUUGCCGCCGCAGCUCUGCUGCUGUCCACCGUAGCCAAUGCCAUUGACCCUCCCCGGAAUCCUUGGCAGCCAGUCGGUGGUGGCGAGCGUCUUCUCCAGUUCAACCAGACCGUCCCCAGUAGAGCUAUCGCCGCAAAGAGCACUUCCGUCUCCUGGUCUGCCGCUGGCUCUGACGGACAGUUCAUCACCUCCAACAGCAACGGUGACCUCGUGCUCGAGGACAUUGUCUCCGGUAACACGGAGACUUUUGUUACUGCCGACAAGCUGCCUUCCGACACCUAUGAGACCUGGAUCAGUGACGACACCACUCGUGUCCUCGUGGCCUCCAACUAUACCAAGCAGUAUCGCCACUCGUACUUUGCUGACUACUUCGUUCUCGAUGUGGAGAGCGGCGAAUUGACAGCCCUCGUCGACGACCAGGUCGGCGAUAUCCAGUAUGCCGUUAUUGCUCCUUCUGGCGACAAGAUCGCCUUCGUGCGCGGAAACAACCUCUUCCUCCGUGAUCACGGCACAGGAGAGAUCAAGCAAAUCACCACCGACGGUGGCCCUGACCAGUUCCAUGCCGUCCCUGACUGGGUCUAUGAAGAGGAAAUCUUCGGUACUACCAACACUCUGUGGUUUUCUCCCGAUGCCAAGUUCAUCGCAUUCCUCAGCUUCAACGAGACCGGUGUUGAGACCUACACGAUUCCAUACUACAUGGACAACCAAAAGAUCGCCCCUGUUUACCCCAAGGAGCUGGAUUUGAGAUACCCCAAGGUUGGAACCAAGAACCCCACAGUUGAGCUCAACAUUCUCGACGUUGAGUCAGGCGAGUACAAGAACGUUCCCAUCACAGCCUUUGAAGCCGAGAACCUUGUUGUUGGCGAGGUCGCCUGGGUCACUGAUACCCACACCGCCCUCAUCUACCGCGCUUUCAACCGUGUCCAGGACCAAGAUAAACAUGUUCUAGUUGAUCCCACCACUCUUGUUUCCCAGGACAUCCGCGAGCGUGAUGGCUCCGAUGGCUGGCUGGAGAACACGCUCAGCAUUUCCUACGUCGGCGCUGUCCAGACAAACUCAAGCUCCAACGCAAGCUACUACGUGGAUGUGUCUGACCAGUCGGGCUGGAAUCACAUUUACCUCUACCCCGUCCGCGGCGGCGACGCCAUCCAGCUUACAGAUGGCGAAUGGGAGGUCGCCUCCAUCCUCAAGGUCGACACUACGCGCGGUCUGGUUUACUACACGGCAACCACACAUCACCCGACCGAGCGCCAUGUCUACAAGGUCAGCUUGAAGGACGGCACCAUUACCCCUCUCGUCGAUGACAAGGUCUCUGCCUAUUGGUCCGCUUCCUUCUCAACCGGAGGAGGAUACUACAUUCUCAGCUACCAAGGACCGGAUGUCCCUUACCAGGAACUUUACGCCACCAACGGCACCUCCAAGCCCCUGCGCACUAUUGAAGACAACGCCGCUCUGUACAAGACGAUCGCCGAGUACAACCUCCCUAACAUCACCUAUUUCGACCUUGAGCACCCCGAUGGCUACAAGCUCAGCGUCAAGCAGCAGCUCCCUCCCAACUUCGACCCCUCUAAGAAGUACCCCGUUCUCUUCACACCCUACGGCGGACCCAACUCCCAGCAGGUGGCCAGGAGCUUCCAGGCCUACAACUGGAACCAGUACAUUUCCUCAGACCCUGAGCUGCAAUACGUGACUUUCACUGUUGACAAUCGUGGUACCGGAUACCGUGGCCGCGCCUACCGCUCCCUGGUUACCGGUCAACUCGGCAAGCUUGAGCCCGUGGACCAAAUCUGGGCCGCCGAGCACCUUGCCGAGCGCUUCAGCUGGAUCAACGUCGACAAGAUCGGUAUCUGGGGCUGGUCCUACGGCGGCUACCUGGCAGCCAAGACGCUCGAGAUCAACACGGGCAUCUUCUCCACCAGCCUCAUCACCGCCCCCGUCUCUGACUGGCGCUUCUACGACUCCCUCUACACGGAGCGGUACAUGAAGACCCUCGAGGACAACGAGGCCGGCUACCUCGAGACCCGCGUCCACGACACCAGCAAGUUCAAGACCGUCGCCGGCGGCUUCUCCAUCCUCCACGGCACCGGCGACGACAAUGUCCACUACCAGCACGCCGCCGCCCUGAUCGAUCUCCUCGUCGGCGAGGGCGUCACCCCGGACAAGAUGAAGAUGUUCGCCUUCACCGACAGCACCCACGGCAUCACCUACAACGGCGCCUCCCUGUACAUUUACCGGUUCCUAACCGCCCGCCUCUUCGACGAGGUCAACCGAAAGGUUGACGCUACGGCUCUGGUCCACCAGUGGAGCAAGAGGCAGCUCGCCGCCGAGUAG